GGCAGGGACUGGUUUGACAUAUUCAUCAUGGCGGCUGUGAAGGCAUUAAAUCCAAAAGCUGAGGUAGCAAGAUCGGCUGCUGCUCUUCACCUUAACAUAACAGCAGCAAGAGGACUUCAGGAUGUACUUAAAACAAAUUUGGGUCCAAAGGGGACUAUGAAAAUGUGAGCGCAUUUUUUGCACUGGUUACAUAAAAGUAGUUUGAACACGUGCUUGUCGAAAAUUUUCGACUGCCGGAAAAGCCAGCAUAGUUUCCUUCUGAUUGGCAAAGAAGAGUUAUAUUUUUCCAUUGAAAUUCCUAUGUAUCCCAUUUAUAUGUUCUUCGUGGUAUUUCUCAAAGUAGAGGUAGUUGUUUACGGUGCAAACUCAAUAAGAUCAAUGAGAUUCUUGGGCCGGUAAGAUGUUAAUGAGACUGUUUUUCGCAAGUAAUUCAUUUUACGGAAUUUUUCAGCCUUCAAAAACGGUGAAAAGUAUGUCCAUUCGACUGAAUAGGCGAAUUCAGCCCCAGAUCUUUUCUUCCAGUUCAGUAUAUCGAUUAUGGUACAUCUAGGAAUGAUUUAUAGCCUUUGUACAUUUGUACCGAAUGCAAUGUUUAAAUUGACGACAUGGUAGUUACUCUUAUUAUACAGGGAUAAAUAAGAAUCUGGGCCCUUAAGAGACAAGGUUGUCAAUCACAUGAAUUACUUCCUGUGAAUAAAAGUUUUUGUAAAACAUGCAAAUACUCUGCUUUCCAUCACAGAGAGCUUUUUGUUUUUGUAAUGGAAAGUGUUCUCCACCCUUCAAACAACCAAUAGCAGUAUCCUUCAGUAUAGUGAAGUGUUGAGUACAAUUUGAGUUCAGGAGGGGUGAAGAAGGAAAUUUAUGAGCCAAAUGAUCAAUUACUGCAAGAGCAUAUUGCAGAUCAUGUUAAAGGAACAUGUACCAUAUUGCUACAUGAAACAUGUAACAUAGUGAUUCUUGUAUCAUGUAAGAUAGUGAUCAGGGAGGGGGGGGGUGCUUUUCCCUGAAAAAAAAUCCAGAAAUCCAUGGCUUGUAGGUGAACCACACAAACAUUUCAAUUUUGUAUGGUCGUUCAUUGGUACUCAUUUAUCUAUUCCUUGGUGGACAGAGACAUGACAAAGACAGACUUUCUCCUAACAAUAUCAGUACAAUAUCAAGCAGACAAGAGAUGAGAAUGAAGAGAAAUUUCCAUUACAGGAUUUUUAGCUGAUCUAGUACCAAAUUCUCGCUACUAACAUAAUAAGAAUUGUAUGGCAGACAGUAAGGAGAAAUAGUAAUGAGAUCUUGGAAGUGAGAGGGUGUAAAGCAUGUGUUCCUCUGUGAUUGUGAUAGGUUGGUGUCAGGUGCUGGAGACAUCAAGUUGACAAAAGAUGGAAAUGUGCUACUACAUGAAAUGGUAAAUUAUCUGGCGGAUUAAAGCUUUACUGUGACAGUAUUUAUUGAAAUUGAUAAGAUGUAUUGGUUAUUUGCUGGAAGUAUUUCCAGGAUAUUGUGAUGUCUAGAACCAAUACGCCCAGCUACAGUAAACUGUAGAUUUAUUCUGACCAGUUUUUAUCUUUUUACAAGGAAGUUGUGCCAAAAAGCAACCAUUUUUUUGUGAAGGAAAAAAAACUCUGCAGAAAUAAAUCUUCUAACUUACACCAUCAUGCCCUUGAAUUUGUGAAAAAUUGGGAAAAAGAGAUCAAAAUGUCUGUGUAUUUACAACAUUUUUACGUCAAAGUCUGGGUGAUGUAGUUUAUUCAAGGAACAUGGCACAAAUGAAAAUGAAAAUAGGUGACAUUAUUAAAGAACACUUGUACUUCAAGAUGUGCAUAUAAUUUAUAUUUUUUACUUGUUCACCAUAUAUAUUUUCUUCAUUGUUUUGUAACAGCAAAUUCAACACCCUACAGCUUCUCUAGUAGCAAGAGUGGCUACAGCUCAGGUUAGGAAACUUUCCUUUUGUCUCUAACUAGAGUAGAUACAUUUGUCAAGUUUUUUUUACAUCUAUUGAGUAUCCAGCUUUAUUAUAAUUGCUUAAAUAGGUGAUUAGAAAGAUGUGUGGGCUCUGAUUGGUUUAAGGUUGUGCCGUAUCUCACCAUAAUCACCCUGUAAGAGGUGAUUAUAGUGGGGGUGCUGAAUUUCAAAAUGGCUGCCUCGUAUUUUGUCAAUUUUUCCAAGGAAGUGAUAACCACAAAAGAACAUAAUUAAAUUGGAAAGAGCACAAAAGAUGCUAUUGGGUUUGGUGGAACAUUUUCAAAGGAUAGAUAUAAAGUUUUUGCUGAUUGAAUUUAUGAUAUAAACCUGAUAAAACUCCUUACUCAUCUUGAUACAAGUAAUCGCUGUGAUUGUAACAAAAUAUGUGCAAUGCUUUCUUCAGGUACAGAAUUCAAAGUACCUUUAGUUAGCAACAAUACUAAAAUUAAAAAUAUUCACUUUGCUUCCUAAAAAUAAUUGUUAAACACUUUAAGAUAUAGGUAUAGAUGUAUCAUGCUCUAAAUUUUGAUUAAUUGGAGUCUAGAGAGGGGUCCUGUGACAGUAAAGCAUCUUAUCUGAGUUCAGAUGGUUUGUCUUAUUUCAGAUUUUGGACAAUUCUCUGCAGUUUUAAUUUUUUUUUUUUCAUUAUUUAAGGUGGUUCUUAUAUCCAUCUGAUCUAUUACGGUUUCAUGUCACUGAAUAUUCUGUUCAAUUUCAUAUGGUUUUGUGAGAUUUCAGACAGUUGUAUCUCAUUUUAUAUGGUUCCAUUUCAUUUUGACAGUUCUAUCUCAUUUUGACAGUUCCAUCCAUUUUCAAUUGUUUCUCUAAUUUUUCUUUCAGUUUUUGUUCAAUUUCAACUGAUUGUGAUUGAAACAGGAUCACUUAAUUUGUCAUCAAGACAAAACAUUUUACAGACUCCCAAAAUAUAUUUGAGUUUUUAUUUGAUCAUCCAUUUUUUCCUUCUUUUCAUAGGACGAUAUUACUGGAGAUGGUACUACUUCAAAUGUCUUAAUUAUUGGAGAAUUGUUGAAACAGGUAUAGUGUAAUUUUUCUCAAAUCAGUUGGCGAUAUUUUAGGGAAGUUUUGAACUGAAUUCAGUUUGCUAGAAAGGCAAAAAUUGUCUUUUUCUGCAAAACUUGGGGAUUCUAAAAUUUUAAUAGGACCUAGGUUAAAUCCUGGAAAUUGGACGUGGAAUCCUUUGGCAACUCUGCUGGCCAAUCUUAUGGACAGACAGGCACUGAUGGAAUUUGAUGGAUUUGAAAUUUUCAAUGUAGAUGCAACAGACAAAACAAAAACUUGUCAAGACAGAAUUUGUCCUUUGAUUUUGUUGGGACAAUUCUAGUUUUGUCUGCAAGUGCAGAAAGGCCCCUAGAGACAUGCAUAAAAGAGCUGAACUAAAAGCAUGGAAACUUGUUUAUUUAAUACCCUCUGACAUAUCUACAAACCUUUUUUGUUCACAUUAGACUGUACAAGUUUUCAUGUUGUCCAUCAGGCUGGAAAUAAACUUAUAAGUGCAAUUAUUUACAGUACAAUUUCACAUCCUCUAGUAAAAUAAUUCUGAUAGUGUCACCAUGCCUCAUAGCCAUGGGUGUUGUGAUGCACUCAUUGAAGACUUUUAGAAGGUUUCGUUACCUUUGUUGUGUUGUUCACUUGUAGUUUACCUUCCAUUCUUCUCCCUUUUUUGACAGGCUGAUCUCUACAUAUCAGAGGUAAGAACAAUGUUAACUUUUUAAAGAUGGUUCUAGCUCUACAGUUUGUUCUAGAUCUUUGAAUCUCAUUUUGUCCCUGAAAAAUUGAUAAUAAACUCAAGAUUUCUGUUGAUUUCUGAGGGCCCAAAUCAACUUUUAUGCAUAGCAAUCCUGAGCAAAUAAUCCAAUGGUUUUAUUACAAACUUCUAGCACCAAAAAUAAUCAAUUUAAACCAAUUAUACAAAUUCUUUUAGGGUCUACAUCCCCGUCUUGUCACAGAAGGAUUUGAAUUAGCAAAGAAGAAAGCUUUAGAGGUAAGAUCACCAUGAUGUAAUUUAAAAGAGCCUGUCAGGGAAAGCUGAUAAAAUUCCAUGGGGGUGGAGGAGGGGUGGGCAACCUGCAGUGGACUAGCCUCCCAUCUAAGGGGGGGUAGUAAUACUUCUAGUCGUUUCAUGCUACAAAAAGAAAAACCAUGAUAAGAACUGGCUGAAUGGGCCUCCUGGCUUGAGUGCAGUCUUUACCAUGCUUUAUCCUGCAAAGGGCUGUAAAUUUAGUACAUUUUUGCACUAGAGGUCACAUUUGUAUCCUUUCAAGUUAAAUUUGUAUGCAAAAUUUUUUGACAGGCCCUGUUGGUUGGAGUAGUAAGCCUCCAUAUCAACCCCAUAGCUCUGAUCUCACUGUUGAUGUGAGUGGUGAUGUAUUACUAGGGGUCCUUUUUGCCUCCUUGUGAUGUAUUUUCCUAUUUUUUUUUUAUUGAAGGUUUUAGAGGAAGUUAAAGUUUCAAAGGAAAUGGAUAGAGACACCUUAAUAAGUGUAGCAAGAACAUCACUUAGGACAAAAUUACACACUGAACUAGCAGAUUUACUAACAGAGGUGACAAUUCAAAACACCUAAUGUAUUGGAUUCAAUCUUUUCAAGUUUGUGUAUGCUGCAUGAACUGAAUGAUGUUAUUUGCUGUAAACAAUACCAGUUGCUGAUUUAAUCUGCCACAGAGGUAUAAAAGGCAGUUGAUUAGCUAUAUCAAACACACACACAAUAAAAAAUAUCGUAAUUUUAUACAUGACUGUGCAGUUACGGCUUUUCUCACAGCUGGAAAUACUUGUGAGACCACAGUUUGUAUAAUAGAGAUAAUUAUUUCCUUGCCAUCAGGUUGUUGUUGAUGCUGUGUUAGCCAUUCGAGAUCCUGCAAAACCUAUAGACUUGCACAUGGUUGAAAUUAUGCAGAUGAUGCACAAGUCUGGAACUGAUACAGGGUGAGUAAUAAAUGAGAAUAUUAGUAAUAUUCAUAAAAUCAGUAUGAGCCAGAGGUGAAGUGAAGUGAAGUGAUUUUAAUGAUAAAUUCAUUUAGCUAGGUCACAGAUUGUCCUGGAAAAAGACUACAGGUCUUGGAGAGUGCUAGAAAUCUGCUUAAUUCAAACAGUAUAAUUUUCAGAAUUUAUGUUAUCAGAAAUGUUUGUAGACCAUAGAAUGAAUUGAUUUUAAAAUCUUGAGAAUUAAAGGGGUAAAUUGAAAGUGUAAAAGGGUACAAACCCUGACUGAGGCAGAGUGGUUAACUCUCCAAAAUUCUGGCUGAGGUGGUUUGAAGGACAGAUAAGACUAUCCAAUGGAUAAAUCCCUAUCCGGUAGAUAGUGCAAAGAGUUUUGUCAACACUGGAUAGGAACUUAUCCAUUGGGUAGCACUAUCUUCCAUUUUUAGAACAGGGAUCUGGUGUAGAGGUCCAGAUCCAAGCACUGGCUUGGUCACUCGAAUUUGUCUUUGGAAAAGACACUUAUCUGUCACAUUGCCUCUCUCCAUUCAUUAGUGUAAAUGGGUAGCAGCAAACUUUUCAGUCAACCUGUCAAAAUUCAGGGGGUUGUGUAGGAUGAACCAGUAUCCCCUUCAGGAGGGUGGGAUGCUUGUUACUUCAUGAUGUGCCCAGUCUCUUGUUGCCACAGAAAGAGGGAUAAGCAAUAGAUAUGGUCCUACUUUGUUCAUGUUACAGAAAGGGAGUGUGAGCAUUGGCUGCUAUGAUCCAACUGCCUCCAAAACUUAAUCUAAAAUUUUGGUUUCGGCAAAAGUCAAACAAAAAAGUGGAACUACAAGGAGACAACAUUUCCUAUUUGGAACAAAUUAGGAAAAUUCUAAUGCACCAAUCACAGCACACAAAAAUGCAUAAAUGCAUAUGAGAAACCAGCAUGCUACAUAUAUCUCUGUUGAUUUUUCAACCCCAUCUCUUGACUUUCAACAAACAUUUGAGAAGUUAUAACAUAAAAUCAGCAAAGUGAGACAAAGGGGUAAAUUUUGUUGAACUAAUUUGUACCUUAAUCCACAGCUUAGUCAAAGGGCUUGUGAUGGAUCAUGGAGCUCGUCAUCCUGAUAUGGCUAAAAAAGUAACAGAUGCUUACAUCCUCACUUGUAAUGUUUCCAUGGAAUAUGAAAAGAGGUCAGUGUAUCACAUAAAUUGCAAGAUUUGAAAAUAUGAUUGGAAACAUUUUUCAGAAAUGAGAGUUGAAAUUUAUUAAGUUAUACACUGCAGAAAGGAUCUCAAUAAAUUGUCCUUCUUUCUCAUGUUUAUUACAUUUGUUUUCCUCAUAUAAUUGUCAUCACUAUGAAGUGCAUCUAAAAUCUUGUUGAAUUAUUUUUGUUUGGAAUGUUUAUGGCAAUUUUCAUCAUCUUUAGUAGUGUAUCAAUAAUGUUAUCAUUGCUAUAAUUAUCUCUAUCAUAAUAUUUAUCAUUAGUUGUUAGUAUUUACUCUGCACUGAAUCUAUGAACCUUUUUGACAGUUUUUUUGAAAUUAUGACUAUAAUGGUCAAAUUAUUAUUACUCAAAGAAUUUGAAGUAAACAUUUUUUACAAAUUUUGUUGUUCUUUGUGCUUUACAGUGAGGUGAAUUCUGGCUUUUUCUACAAGAGUGCUGAAGAGAGAGAGAAACUAGUAGCAGCUGAAAGAAAAUUUACAGAUGACAAAGUACAGAAAGUAAUUGAACUAAAAAAUAAGGUGAGAGUUAAUUGUGGUGCUUUUUGCUGGAUCAAAUUUGGGUUUUAGUGGUUGUGUCUAAAUAGCUUACCAGUAGUGCCAGAGCUUAAAAUAUUUCUGUGAAAUGAGGGAAUUAGGACAUUGUCAAUCUUCAUGUACAGGGCCAAGUUGUUAGGGUAACCUGGGGUUAGUGUGAAAUUUUAUUUCAGAUGUGAAAGCUUUAAAAGAAAAUUCAGUUUAAAUCUUUUUGUCUACAAUUUUGUGACCCAUGUAUACUCCCUGGCUGAGAGGGUGGCACUGACAAAGUGUCUUAAACAAGGGCCCAACCUGGACUUGUACCCAGGCCUUUUUUUCUUCUGUCCAUUGUGAUAAUCAUCAGGUCACCCCUUAUCCCAUGUACGUUUGCUAAGGUCUUUUUGUUAUUGGCCCUCCUUUCUUUAUUUGUUUUCUCAUUUCCACUCAUUUUACUUGGGGAAUAUAAUUUUGUCAGGAGGGAGAAGACAAUCUGAUGUGAGUUGACAUUAAUUUUAGUUAGAAGCAGCAACAAUUAGUUGUGGGUUUGUGUUUUGUUAAAGUGUUCCUUUCUCCACUGUAAUUAAGUAUGACACAUUCAACAUACAUGAAAUACAUGAAUAUAUUUCUAGUACAUAAGUUUGAUAGCACUCCUCUAGUGAACUUUAGUAUGCAAAUAUUAUUAGCUUUCACUUUCAAUUGUACUUACUCUUAAGAUAUUUUUCUUUGUAAGGUUUGCGAAGGAAACAACAAAGGAUUUGUGGUGAUUAAUCAGAAGGUUGGUCCUAAAAAAACUGAAUGAUGAUCAAAGUAUAUUGUUACCAUUUCCUGUCCUUUUGGUGGUUAGGACUUGAACACAUUCUUGAUAAUUUAACCUUUUAACUCCCAUUGAGUGACCAAGACAGAAUUUCUCCUCACAAUAUCAAUACAAUGUCAAGAGUUCAAGUGAUGAGAAUAAAUAAAAAGGUUAAUAAAAGGAUUAUUUCUUGAUCCAAUGCUAAAUUCUCCAAACUAACAUCGUAGGAAUUGUAUAGCUGACAGUAAGGAGAAUUACACAUAAAAUCUGGGAAUGAUGGGGUUAACCAUAGAUUGUUAAUCUUGUGAGCUAUAUUAUUAAAUAAAUUAUUAAGAUAAUGUCAAUUGAAACCAUUCUCUGGCUGACUGAACAGUUUUUUUGUUUUUUUUUGUUUUUUUUGUUUUUUUUUUUUUAAACAGGGAAUUGAUCCAUUAUCACUGGAUACAUUAGCCAAAAAUGGCAUUGUGGGGCUUCGUCGUGCCAAGAGAAGGAACAUGGAGAGACUCACUCUUGCUUGUGGAGGAAUUGCCAUGAACUCCUUUGAUGAUCUUACACCUGAAUGUCUGGGUCAUGCAGGACUUGUUUAUGAACAUGUUCUGGUGAGAAUUUUCACUAUAUGGGUGAAAUAGAAUGAGUGGAAAUGUUUUUUCUCACAUGCCACUAGAGCAGGUUCAAAUUCUGUACAGGCAUGAAUUUUUUUCAGGCCUUAUUUCCACUACUGCUUAAGAAUUCUUCAUUACUGCAAAGAUUGCUUUCUAUGCUGUUCAAUAUGAUCUAACAGUGGUCUUCAUGUAUUUCCUCAUUUCUCUAUUUUUGUCUUCUAUUUAGGGAGAGAGUAAAUACACAUUUAUUGAAGAACUGAAAAACCCUCUCUCAGUCACUAUCCUAAUUAAAGGUGAAUUGUAGAAGAUAUUUUUCUAUAGACUGACAUUGUAAUUGUAGAGCGUAAGAAAUCUGGACUUUUUUUUUUUUCUCUUCCUGAGCCAAAAAAAAGGAGAACACUUAUUAACUCUGUUAGAUGUUAAGUUGCUUACUUUACUUAUUUAAACCACAUGGGUAGUUUUUUAUGAGUGUAUUCACCUGUCUUCUGUUCUGGGGCAGGAUGCAUAACUCUUGUCCUCAAAGCUUCUUUAUGCCAUUAGUUAAAAUGGAAACCAGUGAAAUCAUGUAGGGAGGAUUGAUCAUCUCUACUGAAUUCGUAUCUAACCAAGGCCUUUCAAGAAUACUUUAGUAACUUCCUAUAUUGGAAACUGGCAUCUGUUUUUUUUAGCUCUGGGUGACCUUUUUCUUGCAAAUUUCCCAGUAGAAACACAUGAAGAAAAAAAGUGGUAUUUGAUUGAAGCAAAUCCAAGUUAAAUAACUGUGGUUCAGAUUAUUGAUAGCUGUUAGAAAUAUGGGUUGAGUGAAUUGCAAUUCCAUUGUAACUUAUUGGAUUAGUUGUUUCUCUUUAACUGUUGUUGUCUUCUAUGAUUUUGCAGGGCCAAACAAGCACACUUUGACACAGAUUAAAGAUGCAGUGCAUGAUGGUCUGAGAGCAGUAAAAAAUGCUAUUGAGGAUGGUAAGAAAAAAAGGGGUUUGAAGCAUUUUUUUCAAUACCUUUUCCAUAAGCAGCUGCCAAUGGUGUUACUAAUGUCCUGUAGGUAAAAUCCAAACACGAGCCUGCUUGCAUGCUAAACAGACAGGGGUGGAGGUGUUAAACAAGCCAGUAUACUACUGGUAGUCAGCUUUUGUUAAAACUUCUGUUUAAAAUAUCCAAUCUUUUAACAAGUCAACAACUGGUAACAAGACAGAGAUGUUUCAUUGUAGGAAGUGUCGUCCCUGGUGCUGGAGCAUUUGAGGUGGCCGUCAGUGCUGCUUUGACAGAAUUCAAGAAGACAGUGAAAGGCAGAGCAAGGCUUGGAGUUCAGGUAAGGAGCAAUUAAGAAAAUAAAGUUUUCUUUAUUCAAACUUUUAUCAUGCAGUUGACCUUUACAGUAACAGACAUCUUCAUGACCAUGAUAUGUUCAUCAUGAUACCAAGAGUAAGCUUCAGCAAAGGAGAUGCCCAUUUAAUACAUCCAGUUUGAAGUCUCCGGUGAUUCUUGCUCUUGGUUCUGAGCAAAGCAAUUGGUUCAUGAAUCAAACUGGUUUUCUUUCCAUAAUUUUGUCUUUGCUUUUACCAAUGAGAUCUUGGGAUUGUAAAGAUUAAUUGGUGUUUUCUUCCAGAUAGCAGGAAGAUAAGAGACAAAAAAACAUGGUUUGGCAAAUUUUGUACUUUUUUUUACAAACUUUGCCCUUUUGGAAAAAAGAAGGUGUAAUAAUUUUUCUUCUAAACAGUUGAAUUGUGUAGUUUGAACUUGGAAAUAAGAAAGAAGCAAUCAAACUUUCUAUUGUGUGAUCUUUGUUCUGAAAUCAUAUUUGUGAUUUUAGGAUUAACAGUCUUCAGUUAUGAAAAGUUUUAGUUUAUUUGUGGCAGUCACUUUGGGUGUGAAUUUGUGGUGCUUACUUGAAAAACCUAAAUUUUUAAUUUGAUGAGUUUAAUCAAUUGCAGGCCUUUGCAGAUGCCCUGCUUGUCAUUCCAAAGAUCCUGGCUCAAAAUUCUGGUUAUGAUCCACAGGAAACAAUUGUUAAGCUUCAGGUUUGGAAUUCUGUAUAUUUCUUUUUUUCUUGAACAGUAAUAAAAUCAGUUAGGAUGCUUCAAAAUUUUAUGGCCCUCUCUACUUUUCACAGCAUCUGAUAUUUUCAUGUUUAUGGCCAGCAGCCAAAAGCUGUGAAUGGUUGCUUUUAGUGCAGUUCAAAAUUGAAAAGUUCACCAGGAUGUGGAAAUUCAUUAUCUAAAUAGGGCAAAUGAUCAGAAGCAUUUUUUGUUGUCAAUGAGAUUGGGACCUUUUAACUCCUAGGAGAAACCGAAAAACGAAUUUCUUCAUGCAAUAUCAAAAUAUUUUCCAGCAUAGAGUCAAUGAGAUGCAAGAAAACUAUCAGUUGGUGGAUAUUGUAUGAUGUAACCACAAAUUUUUAGAGCUAAAAUUUUAAAGAAUGUCUGGCAGACAGUGGAGAGAUCUUUGGAUUGAGCAGGUUAAUGUGAAUUCUAUUUGACUGGCUGAGAUUGUGAACAAGGUGCUAGAAUUUUAUCUUGCAUUAAAAUGUAAGGGAUAGUGUUUGAUCUGUUUCAGGAGGAAUAUGCUGAUGUUGGUACCCCAGUGGGUAUUGAUCUCUCAAGUGGAGAGGCAUUAGUUCCCUCAGAUAGUGGUAUCUGGGAUAACUACAGAGUCAAGAGGCAGCUGCUGCAUUCAUGGUGAGUAGAAAUCCUGUCCUCCAAAUUUUGUCUUUCGUUAGUUCGACUACAGGCUAAUUUUGAGCUUCAGACAUGUUAUUAGAAGGUUAUAAUAGUACUUUAAGGGCAAAUAACUGUUAACUCCUCGGUGAGAAGUGUUAAAUUAUGGACCUCCUUUAAAGAGGAUUGGUUCAUUAAGGUAGCUCUGAUAUAGUUCCAGCUCAAUUCUUAUUUUUCCCAAAUUACAUUUCUUGUUUCAUAUAUUGGAGCCAGGCAUGACUUAGUGGCUUUGGGGCCCUCAUUUCUAGGUGCCAGUCCUCCAUUUUUUUUUUUUUUUUAACUCAGUAGUCCCAAGUUAAUAGCACCACUGGUUUGCCUUCUACCACUCACUCACUUGUCUCCUUCACAGCCUUGGUUUGGGCUCGUCACGCAACCGGCUUUCUCCCCUGCGUGACGGGACCAAACAAUGGCUGCGAAAGAGACGAACCACCCACCAAUUUUUUUUUUAACAAUUUACGCUGUAAAAUCUUUGGAUUUAUAUUUACAUCGUUCCAAAUAAGCUCAGAGGUGCUUCAACAACAGCAGCAACAAAAAAAUUUCAACUCGGGCAAUUAGAUAGAGUUAUUUAUCAAUUCAGUGAUUUAAUCAUUCUUUCGUUUUCUUGUUUCGUUCAUUUGUUGAAUAAUGUAUUAAAUCAUUUAUUCUGCAGCACUGUAAUUGCCAGCAACCUUCUUUUGGUGGACGAAAUCAUGAGAGCUGGUAUGUCUUCUCUCAAGGGCUGAGCUGAGCUGGAAAUUGGAUUUACUCAAGGUAUAAGAGGAUUCUACAAGAGUCUUAGUAAACAGUUAUUUUUGCGUCCAAUUUCAUCACCUCCUAGUAUUUUCUUUCAGUUAUAUAAUGGUUUUAUCAUAGCUGUUUGAAAUGAAGGAAAAAAUUUUGUGUCCCUGUGUUGCAUGGUUUGGUAGCAAUCUUAAUUUUUUGCGUUUGAAAAUGGAUGACAUCCUAGGUCAGACGACAGAGCAUGUUUUGAUUUAGUUUUACUUGAAAUCCAAAUGCGAAAUAACCACCUAGUCCAAUCAGAACAAAGUUAAAUAUCACAAGGAACUAGUGACAACUCAAUGUUAAAAAAAUAUGCAAAUUACCUGAAGCGCGGGAAAACACCAGUGACCAAGUUACAGUUGGUUUUAGUCUUGUGUGUGAUUGGUUGAGAGGGAGGCACGAGUUUUGUAGACCAAUCGCAGAGCCAGGUAGACGAAACCAGUGCAAAAACUGGAAUAUAUUGGACCUGCUUUGUUGUGCUGUAAAACAAGUCAAAACCUCACCAUCUUAAGCACCCAAAUGUUAUUAUUUAAAGUUAUCUGGUCACGACAACAUGCUUAUUAUUUUCUCUGCUUUUCCUUGGUUCUCUGUUAGAGCAAAGAUACAAGCACUGCGUGAAGAAGUUCGUUCACCUUGCUGUGACUCCACGAAGAUAUCGAACAGCGGUUUUCAGUGUUACUCAUUACAUUAUAGCUGCAAUAAAUGUGUUCCAUGAAACUUAAACAUAUUAUGUGAUUUUGGCAUCAGCUUACUGGGUUCAGACAACUAAACGAUAUAAAUACA